UCAUUUGUACGUGGGCGAUGGUAGCUAGUGGCCUAACAAUUGUAAGCCGAAGUACAUUAACGGACAAAAUACAAUUUAUGGCUCUAUGUAUAUCUGCACUUAUGGAAGUUUAUGCAUGUACUUGGCCAUCCGAUUAUUUAAAAGAUACGAGUACCAAUGUUGCGCAAGCAAUUUACGAAUCGUUGUGGUACAAUCAUGACAAGAUUUUUCAAAAAAAUUUAAAUUUUGUCUUGCUAAGGAGUCAAACACCAACAACCGUCUCUGUUUCUAUCCUUCCAGCUUUAUCGUUACAAUUUUAUGCAUCGAAUGUUACUUUCGAAAUGAUACAGUUUUGCGAUUUGAUGAAAUUACAUGAAGAAAUUGUGAUUCAACGAUACAUUGACAAAUGUAUUAUAUUUCAUGGUACAUCUAUAUUUAUUUUCUACUGGCUUACGUUCACAGCUAUCACAGUGAUGCCUACUUUAGAGCAUCAACCAUUUCCAACAGCUGCCGAAUAUCCAUUUGAUGUAUCUUAUCAACCGUUAAAAGCAAUAAUUUUCAUACAACAAUCUAUCGCCGGAAUAAUAGUAGCAGGACAACUAUGCGUAAAUGUUUACAUGGCUCUGUUGCUGUGGUUUGCAUCAGCAAGAUUUGAGAUGCUGACUAAAGAAUUAGAAAAAACUACAAAUGUCUAUCAGUUGUUCAAAUGUAUUAAAAAACAUCAAAAAUUACUCAAGUACGCAAAGGAAGUUACAAUUUGUGUUGGUCCUUUCGCAUUUAUAACUAUAUGUUGUAGCUCGGUUGGCUUAAUAGUAAUAUUUCUUUUGUUCAUUAGUCAUCAACCUAUAUUGUUAAUAUUCCAGUUUUUUGGAAUGAGUAUAAUAGGUAUAUCAGAAGUAUUUAUGUAUACAUGGCCAGCAGAACAUUUGAUGUAUACGAGCAAAUAUGUCGCAGAAACAGCAUUUCAUAUGCUCGAAAACAAUCAUUUAAUUAAAAUGUGGAAAUGUCUACAAAUUAUUAUAAUGAGAAGUCAAAAACCAGUAACGGUUUCAAUACCUUGCUUUCUGCCCAUAUUGUCCCUUAAUUAUUUUACAUCGUAUCUUUCAACUAUACUCUCCUAUUUCACUUCACUGCGAGUAAUGAUGGACAAUGAUAACAAUUAA